AUGACCAGGGGGUUGAAAUCCUUGAAGACCAUGUCCUCCCAUUCCUCGGCUAUAAUAUCCCUGAUGGGUUUUAUGUAAUCGUCGUCCUGCCAGACGAUCUCCUUGUCGCUGUCGUAAUCCUCAUCGUCGUCGUCCUUCUUCACGUUCUUGAUGGUGAUCUUGUUGAAGAACUGGUCGAAGUUGAAACCCCAGCCGUCCGCAUCUUCGGGCCAGUCGGGGUCGUCCUCUUCCACCACCAGCGGGUACUCCGCCAGGAGCCUCUGCAUCUUCCUCCCCCGUUCCUCUUGGUCAGCCUCCUCCUCGACAUCUGGGAUUGCAUCGAUCACCUGGCGGAUCUUCCUCCUCCACUCUAGUCUCUCUUCGUCAUCCAUGAGGAAAGGAUCAGCCCCCCUCGUGGCCCCGGCAGUGGCUGCGUCGCUCUCUUCGUCCGAGGAGCUGCCGGAGAACUCGACCUCCCCGGCCAUCUUGGAAGCUCUAACCUUUCUCAGAAACGGCGUCACGGGCAAUAAUAUCUUACUGGGAAAACACGUCGAAAAUCCGGAUCCGAUGAGAGGGGAACGUACCAGGCGGGAAGACGGCAGCAGCUUGCUGUGAUUUGAAGAGGAUAAUAUCCGAGUCUGGCGGUUCCUGUGUGCGGCUUUCAACGCGGGCAAGCUCGCCGGAGUAGCGGAGGCGUCUCCUUUCAGCAGUGGAGCAGAAAACGCAGUGCCGAGAGGGCUCUGCAGCGCCAUAGAGAGAGAGAGCAACAAGGUGGUCUUCGGGGGGCAGACUCCUUCCCCCGCUCUUCUUCCACUCUGAGCGAUAAAAAAGACGAGAAAUAAUCAAGAAAUCGGGAACAGAGUGUCGAGCUUCUUACACCCUUCUGCGCGAGGGAAAGAUCUGCUGGGAAUUACGACAAACAGUUGAUGAGUAAACUCCCAUUCACCGCGAGGAGUUCGCCAAGGAAGCCCCCAGAGAGAGAGAGAGAGAGAGAGAGAGAGAGAGAGAGGUGGAGCUCACGGGAGGAACGCAAAGCUUCCUGGCGCCGGGGCCCGCCAGAGAGAGAGACAGAGAAGCUCUUCCCCGCGCCCGCUAGAGACCUCGAAAUUUCAGCGCUGGGAAGAAUCCUUCUCGUAGUAGAGCGCCUUCGCCGGCGCCGGCGACCCCUUCGUCGGAUAGUACACCGCUGAAAACCCCCCACGAUUCAACUUCGCAGAGUCGACCGGGUUGGACGAGGAGGCAGAGCAGCUGCCGCUCUUCUUGUGAGCCACGACGAAGCCCAACAGGGCACGACUGUUGUCAACGGGUGUUCUUGAAGUCGAUUCAGGUCUUAUCUGAAACAUACCCAUCUAUUCUACUAUUAAACUCAAAAUUAAAACUUUUAAACGGAUAAUUUUCAUUUUCACGUUAAAAUACACUCUUUCGUCUUUUUUUUUUACCGAAUUUUAAGAGGAGCUGAGAUCCUGACUCUGAUCUAGAUGCUCCUAUUCAUUAAACAAUUCCUCCUUAAUCAGCAUCAUCCCAUAUGUAAAUUAUAAAAUGUCUUCUGAAUAAUUUCCAAUCUCCUCGAACCCGAUUCAGAUAUUCGCAUAAAUCCCAUAACAAAUCCCCCAAAAAACAAUGGGUACCAAAUAAUCAGAGCCCACCAAAUGGAGACAGGUAGAGAAGGAGAGAAACCACGAGGUGUUCUUACACGGGGAGAAUCUAAGUACUGCCCCAUAUGGCAUAUAUGGGAUUAACCAGUUCAUCAAGGUUCACCUACCACAGGAGGGCGUGGAAGAGAGGGAGCUGUGAUAUGCACGCCGGAGCUCAGCCAAGAAAUCCAUCUGCAGAGGCAAAAUACUUGAAGGGAAGGGAUGAAGCCCGAAAGUGGGACACAAAAGGAAAUGAAAUUUAAAGGUCAGGGGGGAACGAAAACACUACCUGAUGAGGGAGGUUCAACUGUCCCCAGGCUGGUCCACCGGCUCCGGCAUACAUAACUGGUCUGUCUGCUUCAAAAGAAAACAAUGAAAGGUAGCAGAGGAGUUACUCCUCUCUGAAAGUUGUAGAGGAUGUGGCUUGGUUAACCAUGCUCUCAAUUUUUAUCGCUCAGCUUGAAUGCAGUGCGAUCUCCACAGACGGAAUAAUUUUUAAUAUUUUUAUCGGCAGACACAUAGAGGGGUCUUCUUGCAUAAUUAAAAUUAGUAUUUCACAAUGAAAUUGUGCACUAUCUAUGCGGUACUACAACAUAAAUCUAUUCCAUUCAAGAUUUUUUUAUAUAUUCCAUAACUUUUUAAUGAAAACAUACCCUUUUUACCAAGUAAUCUCACAUAGACGUGCAUGUUUUUCUUCAAAAAAUAAUUUAAUUUAAAAAUAACAAAGCUCUGAAUAAGUGAUCUCUAGAAUAAAUGCUAGAAGUAUCUGGUCAAAGGUACAUCUUUCAUCAAAACAUUGUGUAAUCUAAAUGAAUACAAUCUUAAAAUCAAGUGAUUUUUAAAAAAUGUUAAGUAAAUCAGGGAAAUCAUGUCCGUUAUCCCAAACGGGAAGAUCUAAUUAAAAAAAGUAACGUUUUUUGCUGAAAACCGAAUACCUUCCAUCCUAAUUCAAGAUAUCUUGUGUGCCCACAUGUUUUUCCUCUAUUCAAAGCUUCUACACCAAUGGCUCCAAAUCAGAGGGGAAAAACCAGUGCAAUUAUGGACCUAAGAGACUCUUACAAAGCCAUUCAAUCAUAAGCACGAGUCUAUAGAAUCCAAAAGCAAACAACAUGCAUACAAUUUAGCACGUAUAACUGUCACUAGUGUAAUUAGAGGUUACUAUUAUAUUCCAAUCAUUUACGCUCCAAACAGAAAUUUGUUCUAUGACCAAAACCGAUCCAAAGACAAAAUAUGACUAAAAAAAGAAACAUAAGAAGGCAAUCAAUGGUGAAUUCGUACAAAUAUGCACUCACCAGAUAGAUCUACAGCUGGGUCAUUACAUGAUUGCAUGGCAGCGGCCCAACCUGCAUAAAUAUGAAGGAAAAAUAAUUUCUUUUAUGAAUGUAACAUCAAAUAAUCAACAGAAGUUGUAAAUACUCAUCAAAUGAGUGCAUUUCACAACAAAAUAAAGCCAAUUCCAACGUCCUUCCCAAUCAUGUUUGUGGGAAAAACCCUCUUCGAAUUUGAAUCGGAACAUUUACAAUGCAGUGUAUGUAUUGUCCAGAGAUCCAAAUGCUAUUGGGUAUUGCAUAUAAUGUUGAAUCAGCUUCCUAGUUGGGUUUGCCUGGUGUUAUGCGCAUUCGUUCUCCUAGUUUAAUUACUGUAGCAUAAGAAUUUAUUUACUAAGCCCAAUGACAUUGUGUGGAAGACAAAAAAGAUGUUUUUCGGUUUCCCCACUACCUGUUCAAGGGAGCAAAGACUGCCCUCCUUCAUCCUUCUAGCUCAUAAAGCCUUCAUGGAUAAGUAUUUUGAAAAAUAAAAAGUAAAAAUAAUAGAAGUGGAUGAAGGGAUUUCAGUAAUUCUUGACCUAGUAAGCACACAAUUCGUUUCUGUCAUUUGGACGAUAACUAAGCAGGAAGGAGCUCUUGGAAGGGGAAAGUAAUCAUCGCAAUCUCAAGAUGAGUCUAGUUUCUUCUAUCCCCCUUUCAAUUCUUCUUACUUUUCUUCUUCUGCCCUUUAAUUCCCUCUUUUUCUUCCUCUGGUGGUACUCAUGCUGAAAAAUAGAUACGUCUUGAAUCUGAGAGAUACGUCUCAGAUCAACCAUAAAAUCAGAAAGAUUUACCCAGCAUCAGCGAGUUCCUCCCUAAUGCAACCCAGGAAGGAUUUCUCCAUGAAAAAGGAGAUCAGUGGAGCGGCUCUAUCCAACCAACAUAAAUGAGGUAAACCAAUGUUUAUUAAGCACAUACCACCAAAAUGGCAAGCUUAUCAACAGAAGAAAAUGCUUCAGGUAGAAGAACUAGAAUGAUUCGAAAAGGAUUAAAGAUAAAUAUCUUGAAUCCAGGCACACGAUUCGUAGGAUAGCAAGCCCCUGAAAACUAUUCAACUGGUUUGGACGGGAUUAAAAGAAAUGAUUUUAUAAUUUCGCACACUUUUCUAUCUAGGAAUAACCAUGGAACAAUGCAAAUCACCAGACUUACGUUCACUCAGCAAUUGCGCAGCCUCACUAUUACAGCAUCCAUCAACGGGAAUUGCCAAAGAAUAAGGGUUUUCACUCUGAUACUUGCUGUUGAUAAGCUCUCCGUGAUCUAUAGACAGGAAAUUUCUUGAAUGAGAUUGAUUCUUCUUUCCAUCGUGCCCAGAAGCAUAAUUUACUUUUUCGAAGCGAUCUGUCCACAAAGAGAUUGUAGCCAGACACUUCAUCAGAAAAAAAAGAAGACAAGGUGCGGAUGGCUUUUUAAAAAAAAUGCAGGGCACACGAUGCAAAUUCCUGCCAUUCAAUUCAUGCUGCACGUGCUUCCGACUAACUCUGAUGAUACACCAACAAGACACCCCAUUAAAGAUAGCAAUGUAAAAUCAAAGCGAUUAAAAUAAAAGGCGACUAUAAAGGAUAAUAAAAACUUGGGACUCUUUUAUAAUUUAUGCCCUCUGCAGGAGGCCAUGGAAAACAGACAGAAAUUUUAAAUUAACUGAAAACUCUUUCUGUCAUAUUCACAGCGUUUCAUUCCAUACAGGAGGAAUAUGUGCCAGUUUCUUUCCAUACAGGGAAUACAGCAAAAAGUUCUUAAAUAGAUAACAUGUCUGUAGGUGAAAUAAAUCGAUGACAUCCUACAUCGAUCUUCGACUAGAGAAUUUAACUGGUAAGCACGGACUUCCAUUUUCAAUGGCACAAGAUAGCAUACAGUAAUACGGGAGUGAGUGAGUGAGUGAGUGAGUAAGUGAGAGUAAGUGAAAGCGAGUGAGAGUGAGAGUGAGAGUGAGAGUGAGAGGGAGAGGAAGAGGGAGAGGGGGAGAGAGAGAGCUUCGAAUGGGAACAGUAAUAGGGAUAUGUACUAAACCUCUUCCUUAUGCAACUGAGGCUGCCCAAACUCGGAAGAGGUGAAAAGGAUUUUUUGGUUAAUGGACCACGUAAUGCUUUUAUAAAGUAAAGUAUUAAGACUAGCCAAACAAGAAAAUAGAGCGGUUUAGUAUUUCCAUGCAGAAUGAGUUCCCCCUUUAGCAACAUAUUGUGCCGAGAUCCACAUACACUGCUCACAAUGAAUCAGAACAGAAGGAUGCACAUGGCAACCCACCUCCAGAUUUUCGUCGACCGAGCGCACGGUUCCUGGAACAAAGUCACCCAAAGUAUGUCAGCUGCAGAUCGGUGAAUAGGAUCAGCAGAAAAACGACAACCUCGCGGAGGCGUAACUUCCACUUGAUUCGUAGGCCAUUGGAAAGGGAAUAAACGAAAAUAAGAACAUCCGCGAUCCAGGUAGAAAGGAAGACCAAACCCUAACAAACCAAGUCGACGAUGAUAAUCAAGGAACCAGGCAUGCAGAAAGAUGAGCCAAUACUCCCGGUCCCGAGAAAACGGGCGGGCGACGAGAAAGCGCGCCAUUCAAAGGAGAACCAUGCCGUGAAGGGGAAGGAGGUGAGCGUUGAGCAGACAGGAACAUUGCCUUUGCGAUGGAGGAGCGUAUCGCCUGACGUUCUCGGCGGCGUUCUCGAGCAUCUCCGCUACCUCCCGUGGAAGCCGUCUCCAGGCGCAGCAGCCUCUCCCGCGCCUGUGACUCCUCGAUGCCCAAACCCGGCCCUCUUCCUUCAGAAAAAUGGGCCGUAUCAGCAAAGGGUGAGCGCUGCAACUCUCAGCCCCUAGCCGCGUUUUCUACCCGGCGGUGACUACCACCGAACCGGUGACCACAACCAUGGUGAGUCAAUUUAUCUAAAUAAACAAAAGUCAAAUAAAUAUUUAUUUUCACAAGCCUAUUACCAGUAAACGUGUAACCGAGAGUCCGUAUCAUAUUGGGCUUUUGAAAGCCCACAUGCCGAUCCAUAUAAAGUUGGGAGUAUUUUUCUUGGCCCAGCCCAUUUAAGAGCCAGACGAGGCCGAACUUUCCUUUAUCAGCCCAUUAACAACUCCUCGCAUACGAGAUAGAAAAUAGAUUAACCCACUUUGUUGAGAAAUAUUCCGAGCUGAUGAAUCGAAACUAAAUUUGGGCUCGGUCUGAAUCAGCCAAUUUUCCACUUGAGCCGGUCCAGGUUGGGAUUGGGCCCUUGCAUUUGUCCGGACUGGGCUUGACAAGGUCCAGUCGGCCCAUUCAUUAUCUCCUCUAAAUAUAUUACAUGGUAAUUUAUAUUUUACUAAACAUAAAUUUAACAUAAGAAUAUACUGAAUUUGUUAUUAAUUCCUGUUCACACAUGUUCCUCUUAAAAAAAAACCUAUUGCUUCUUAAUCAGCAAGAUCGGUAUCAAAGUCAUUUAUUGGAUGCCAGGCGUCCACCUCUACCGGAGGGACAGCGGAUAGGGGGAGGCCUCGUCACCGCCCUCGUCACUGACCCGCUUAAAAAGGUGUCUGUCUUCUUCUCGUUUUUCUUCCUCCUGCUCUGCGGCCGAGAAUUGAUGGAGCUGGAUGUCUCCCUGUGCUUGCCGGGAUUGCAUACGUGGCCGGCGGGGAGACCUCGCGAGUCGUCGGCUGGUCAGAGGAGGACGGUACGACUCGGUCCGGGGAGAGGACGACUUGAAGUGAGCGAUCAUAGGAGAUCUACGGGAUCUCCGCCGGAAUUGGGUCCGCUUCCGUGGGAAGGGGGGGGGGGGUUAGAGGAAGGAGACGGGUGGGUCUGGCUAGCAAUGUCCUACCCAGAAGAUAUCCAGCACCAUAAAUGCCCAUCGGCGGCCCGACGUCGCCGUCGAGCGCCGCCGCCGUAGCGACUGACUCCCUGUUCUCCUCCUCCAUUAAUUGUCGAAAAAGGGCGUACUUGGAUGGAUUGCCAGCUCUCUCUCUCUCUCUCUCUCUCUCUCCCGGAUGGAAGAUGCGGGAAUAACAUCACGCGUGCUCAAGUAAUUUCGAUACAGAGGAGGUAACGAAACGGAGAUUCCUCCGUCUCCGACGAGUUGAGGAACGAUGCCACCAGGAGACAUCUUCUGCCCUAAAUCCAACUCACCCCUUUGCGCCAUCGUGGAGAUGGAACCUGUGCUCUUGGGUCUGAUCGGUCUUCCUGUCACAGCGCAAAAGGAGGAAAGGAGAGUUGUGGGCGAAGGUCCCUCUGCUAUUUUCUCCCUUUUUCUACCCAGCGGGGAUCCGGACAGAGAAACAUGAGGGUGUUGGGGGAGGGAGAGAGAGAGAGGUCUACAUCAGCUAAAAAAGAGGGCGACCCCACGGCAACAGUAGUUGUAGGAAAGAAGAGAGAGAGAGUUUGAGGCCAGGGGAGGAGAACCUUGAAAGGAGAACAACACUAACGCAGCCCACUUGCGGGGAGGUGGUAGCCCACCUCGCCCGGGGUGCGGCGAAUCUGCCCAUGAAAGCCUCCGUCGACCCGUGAACAUGGUCGCGGCGGCGACAGCAGUGACUGCUCUUUUUCUUCAUCGCCAUCCGACCCACCCCCGUCACCCAUGAAAUAAGACCUCCCCCCACCCUUCCUCCCUCCCUCUCUCUCUCUCUCUCUCUCUCUCUCUCUCUCGCUCCAGUUUCUUUUUUUUUGUUGUCUUUCAGACUAGCAGGAGGUGCAGCCCCCUCCCCCUGCGCCUGUCUUGUAAGGCACCGUCAUUUCAACAUCGACGGCACAUCCGAGAGAGUUUUGGGCGAUGCCUUCUCUCCUGGUUCUCAGGCUCGGUGGAUGGCCAAUGCAGUGGAGCUCCGUCUAGGAGUGCCUCGCCGGCCGACGGCGGACGCUCUUCCUGCUCGACGGAGCUGAGCGGUUGCAGGUCAUCGGAGACCCCGGGUGCACAGUGCGGCGGGUGGGAUCUUCCGGAAGGCUGUUUUAGAUGAGUUUUGAGCUCCGAGGGGACCUGCGGAGUUGCAUAGUCUCCUCCCGCCGGAGCUUUUGCGCCAUGGAAGCAAGAGCGAGGAGGGCCACGACGGCGGCGGCGGCGGCGCGGCACUGUGCGCAGGGAAGCAAGAAGGCGACGCAACCGCCGCCUCGGCCAAGACCGGGAAAGGCCGUCCCCGCAGGCUACUUCACGGCGGAGUCCUUCCUUGUGCUCUUCUGUCUUACGGCCUCUCUGCUGAUCCUUCCGCUCAUCUUGCCCCCGCUGCAGCCGCCGCCUUUGCUCCUGCUGCUGGUCCCCAUCGGCAUAUUGGUGGUUCUCUUGGCGCUGGCUCUCAUGCCUUCCGAUAUCCGGAAUAUCGCCUCCCCGUACCUGUAAAUGUCUCCCACCUUCUCCUUCCUCUCCCUCUCCCGUUCUUGCCCUGAUCAACCAGAUCACCCUCACUUAAAUUUCUGCACAUCUUACCGAUCCCGUUCAUCCCUCUUCGCCAAGAACGCCGAUUGUUUCCCCCUCCUCCUCUUUCCCUUUCUUGCCCUGAUCACCUGAUCCUUCUCACAUAAAUUUCUGCGCAUCCUACCGACUUUGUUCAGGAAUGAUAUCGUCUGCACAGAUUUUUGAUCAAUAGCAACAUUUGAUCAUUGUUGUUCUAACGGCGAGAGAGAGAGAGAGAGAGAGAGAGAGAGAGAGAGGCGAAGGUUCGCGACCAGUCAUUUUCUUCGGUUGGUCAAAAAACAGGGUUCAAUCUGAUCUACGGCUUUAAAUGCGGAUCGGAGGAAAUCGCAAGUGAUAUUUAUGGAACUUGACCAGACUAAGAUUUUCCCACUUUACUGGCGGUGUUAUUCAUUAAUUAAUAAUUAUUAUGACCAGCAAAAGAAUGGAUAUUUCAGGGCAACAAGUACAAAAAUACAUAUACAUAUAUAUAUAUAUACAUAUGCAUUAGUGCAGAUGUAUAUGCUGACUGCGGCCGGUAAUAAUUAAAGUCUCAUUUACCCGGGAUAUUCCUUAAAGGAAAUCUUCGACAAGAUCUUCCGCAUUAAGGUAAAGGAGAAAAUCUCAAACAGACCGCUGCGAGGCCUACGACCAGCACAAACAGAUUAUAUUACGAGGGGAGAGAGAGAGAGAGAGAGAGAGAGAGAGAGAGCCUAUGGGAGAGAUGCAGACCAUAUUCCAUCUGGUAGAAUCCAAUACACUUGGAGUUGCGUGUUUCCUCCCCGCAGAGGGUUGGAUGCCCGUCGAGGUAAAGCCAGCUAAAAACUUGCCUAAGAUGCAGGUAGGCACAUGAUCUGAAACGAUUCUAUCCACAGACUUGUGGCCACACCAGCAAGAAAAGGAGCUGCUAUGGCUUGGCACCGACGGAAAUUCUCAUCUUCCUGGAUACACCGCCCACAAGAAGAGAAGAGAAGAGAAGAGAAGAGACGGGGGAAGCUGUUAAUGGCCGCCGCCGAUGAAUGGGGAGAGCUGAUGCUCUAAAACCUCCAGGAGGUCCUUCCCCAGGCUGGUUGCAAAGUUGAUGCUCCCCUCGUCCACCGGCUGGUUGCAGAGCCUCCUUACGGCGUCGGCGAGCUCCCCUCUGAGCCGCUGCGAGAGCAGCCGCCCCCCGGCCUGUGCGCACUCCCUGUACAGCGGCAGGUACGCGAUGGCCGCUCUGAGCGUCCCCGGGAGGUCCCUCGGGCGCAGUGGCGACCCCCCGCGGAGCAGGAUCCUGAGGAAGUUGAGGUAGUGCUCCUGCCCGCGCCGCCGCCCCUCGGAGAAGGCCGCCUCCGACCAGUGCUCCCGUAGGAACGACCUUAGCGCCGGCGACACGGCCUCGUCCUUGGACAUGGCGAUGGCGUCGGCGACGGAGUAGGUCGCCGCCGGGUCCCUGAGGAAGUCGGAGCGGAGGAGGAACCCGACGCCAGCGAAGGAGCCGCCGCUACGCUCGCCGGCGGCCUUGAGGAUCUCGACGCUCAGCGCGGCGAGGACUUGCUGCGGGACGUGGGGGAGGAGGUAGGAGACGACCUCCAACUGGCUGCUGGAGGUGGCCGCUGUGAGGGCCAGGCAGAGCUCCAUGUCCCUGCAACCUCGGUGGACGAACCACUGCACCACCUGCAGGCAUCCCCUCUCCGCCGCCCUCAUCAGCGGCCCCAGGAACGCCAUCGCGUUGCCCUCCUCUACCAGGCACUCCAUCGUCCCGAUCUUGCAGUAGUGCGACGCAAACCCCAGGGCCAGGUCCACGUCCACGUCCAAGCUGUUCCUCUGCGCCACCUGAAGAAGACGAAAACGAAGACGAAGAAGUUGAGAAAACAUUGAAGAUGGAAUAGUGGAGGAGAUGAGAUGCAGAGAGGAAAAAGGUGGGUCGGACCUGGAGGAGGAUGCGGACGAGCUCCGUGCUGCCGAAGCGGGAAGCUUCGAGGAAGCACUGGUUCACGUUGUCAGCGCCGCCCUCCACCAGCAAGCCCAGCAGGCCCUGGAUGGCGGUGGCGGAGAUGCCAGAGGACCAGCCGGGGUCGAAGGAGCUCGAGAAGAGAGUGAGUGGGAAGCAGGCGGCGUCGAAGGCCUCUGUGAAGUCCUUCCCGGUGAGCUGGUUGCCGGCGAGGUCCAGGAACCUCUUGAAGGCUGAAAGCUGGAGCUGGAGCUCCGUGGCGGUGCUCCGGCCGACCUUGUCCCUGCCGCCUUCCUGGCUCCGAGAGUGGAAGCCGAUGCACUUAAGCGCCCACUCUGUGAAUUUCUGGACUUUGGCGCCCGCCUCCGCCUUCAGGAUCUCGUCGCCGUUGCAUUCCUGGAGGCGUUCGUGCAACCUGUGGCCGGCGAUAAUUCAUUCCGGGAGAUUUCCGACUGUCAAUGUUUUAAAUUCAAAAGCGUCGAUCGCAUUCGAUCUUCGACCGAAGAAUCCAAGAUAAUUUUUUUCGGGAUCAGUUCCACUCGACGCAAAAUCAGAUCGGAAAAGAUGGUCGACGAUGAUUAUCAACCGCACACUGUUCUGAAAGCAUCGAUUGCAGUCGGUUUUUAACAAAUAAUCCAGUAGAUUUAUUUCAGAUGAUGAUCCCAUUCUCUCCGCGCGAGAAAAUCAGAUGAUCGAGGAUAAGAAUCUAUUGCAUAUUCUGUAUGUAUGCUCUGAAAACAUCAAUUUUCGUUCAGUUUUCGACAGAAAUCGGGAAUUUUUUUGUCUAGAAACUGAUUCCACUUGCUCUACGGGAAAUCAGACUUGGAAAAGAUGAUCGACGAGGGAUCAAGCACGAUUAAGUCCCCGUACCUUUGUGCCAUGACAGCGACAGUGUCUGAUAAACUCAUGGUGCUGCUCUGGCAUGCAGACACACAAGAAGCAAGAAAAGACGUUCUGAGUGCCGCCCUCGUGAAAUCCUGAGCACCACUUGCAACGAUCAUCCUGAGCAAUCCAGUGAUGCCGUCCAACUCCUGCCGCGUGGUCAAAAACCAGAUGGAAUCCAAGGCGAUGCAGAGGGCGUCAUUGAGAGUCUGCGGGUCUGCCAGCAGAAUCAAGCUCUCUGAGAGCUCCCAGUCAUGGGAGUUCACAGCCGCCUGAAACAUGCGUCCCAACUCGAUCCGAUCCUGCCGGCUGAGUUUCCUCUCCUGCACAUGCUUGUCCUUGCCUCUUCUCUGGACCUGGGAGUCGUCCGGCGAGGCCAGAGCCCUUGACCUAAUCUUCCUGUCGUCGCAACCGCUUCGUCCAUGGAUUUCGAGGUCCCUGUUGAGAAGGGACGGAUCCCUCGACAAGACGACAUGGCGGCUUCCCUCACCAUCCUCCUGCUGCUUCAGAAGAUCGUCGCUGCCGCUAGGGUUUUCUGCACCUUCACACUCAUCCGUUUCCAUCCCCACGCAGGAUGGGGGAUCGUCGAACGGAGAUUCCUUCACCAUGACCUCGUCAUCGCUCUUUCCGACGAUCAUCGUCGUAUCCUCCAUCCGACGUGCACAGAAAAUAGAUCGGCGAUCCACGAUAGGGGAAAUCGCUCGGAUUCGACGACUCCGACAGUUUGGCCCCCAAAAUUAAGAACCUGCCGCUCGGCAAACAGCAUGCCUCGAUCUUCCUCGUGAAAUUCUAUUCCGUCUGUUCCGCAUUUCUUCGACGAUCAGACAACGGGAGGCUGAAAUCUGGCCCGCCGAGAUCGAAGGGGGACUUUCCGCCGCCGGAGAAGCUCUGAAGAAAAUAACGAUUCGACCACAGGAAUCAAGAAGGGAAAACCAGGGUAUCUACAGAUGAUCUGCCAAAUAGAUAGAGAACGAGAGGGAGAGAGAGAGCGACGAAGAAGAAAUCGGAACCAAUCAACGAGAUAAGGAGAUCGCCGGGAACGAGGGGAUGAAUCAUAAAGUCGGGGACACGAUUGGGGAGCUGCGGCGAUGUGGAAUAAAUAAAACAAAAAACAAAUAAAAAUCCGGGGGCGGAGGAGAAAACAGAAGAACCAGAAGCGGAAAGAGAAGAAGCACGUGAAUCGGCAGAAAACGAGCAAGAGAGCGCCGCCACCGUCGCCGCAGGCGGCGGCGGCGGGAGGAUCUCCGAAGGGGGGAAUGAAAGAGCAGGGGGGAAGUGA